GUCAUCAAAACCCAAGUUCAGACCCACACCGGUAGCGGGUUGAGCAUGGCCGUCGUUGCGCGGCGUGUCUGGGGACAGGAUGGCAUUGCAGGCUUUUGGGCAGGUGUCCGACCGAACAUCGCUCGGACAUUCCUGGUCAAUGCUGCAGAGCUUGGCACGUAUGACGAGGCCAAGAGUCGGCUGAGGCCACACUUCGGCGACGGUCUCUUGUCGCAUGUUGGAGCUUCGGGGAUUGCAGGCUUCACCUCGGCGUGCGUGUCGACUCCGGCAGACGUGGUGAAGACGCGGCUGAUGAACUGUGCCGGGGGUCAGAAGCAGUACCGAG